AUGCAUCUAUAAAAAAACCCUGAUUGACCAAGUUGUCAAAAAAACAAUAAAAUGAAGUAAGAAAAAAAAAGGAAAAAUGUUACAAAAAGUAGAAAUGUUACCAAAAAUAAUUUAAAAAAAGAAAACCAGGGUCUGGUUUCUGGUAUUGGUUUGUUGGAAGAAUAACACAAAUACAUUGCAUUUGAACCAAUUCAUCGUACUGUCACAGUCAUGUACCCAAUUCUCUUCUUUUUUUCACUCCCAAUAUAAACCACACCUUUGACAAUCUCAAAUCCUUCAUUUUUUGUUUCUCUCUCUCUCACUCUCUUUUUUUGCCCUAUGCAAUAGGGUUCUUCUUCUUCUCAUACUUUUUUUGCUCCUAAGAGUUCUUAUUCUUCUUUUUCCUUCUAUCUUGAGGGUUCUUUUCUGGUGAAAACUUCAGAUUUUACCUUCUGUUGUUCUUGGAGCUUUACCCAUGUCUAAAGUUUUCAGCUUUACUGGAAGUGAUGAUUUUUUUACUGGGAGGUCAUUAUACCCUAAUCCGAAGGAGGCGGGUCUCUUCUUGUCUCUUGGCCGUCAAGAGUAUGGUUACAAACCUCUUCCGAAGAGAUCUCGUGUUAGCGUUCCAUUUGAUUUCAGUGGAGAAAAAUGGUUUGAUCAGAAGCCAGAGACAACUAUCGAAACAUUGCCCGAUGAAUGUCUCUUCGAGAUCCUUAGAAGGUUGCCUGAAGGACAGGACAGGAGUUUAUGCGCUUCUGUAUCAAAACGCUGGCUUAUGCUUCUGAGCAGUAUUUGCAAGAAUGAAAUCUGCAGCAAUGCAAGUACCAAAAAUGGAAACGAGGAUAGUGAUGAAGGGUAUCUUUCUCGAAGCUUGGACGGAAAGAAAGCAACAGAUGUUAGACUAGCUGCCAUUGCUGUUGGCACAGCAUCUCGUGGAGGACUAGGGAAGCUUUCGAUUCAUAGAUCCAAUUCAGAUCGUCCAUUGACUGAUGUAGGUCUCAAGGCAGUUGCUCAUGGCUGCCCGUCUCUAAAGUUUCUCAAUCUUUGGGAUGUUGCUACCAUUACUGACGAAGGCCUCGUUGAGAUUGCUAAUGGUUGUCACCAGUUAGAGAAGCUCGACCUUUGCAAGUUGCCCACAAUUUCUGACAAGGCUUUAAUUGCAGUUGCAAAGAACUGCCCGAAGCUGAACGAGUUAUCGAUAGAGUCAUGUCCUAAUAUCGGUAAUGAAGGUCUUAAAGCUAUUGGGAAGUUGUGUCCCAAUCUAAGGUCUGUAUCAAUUAAAAACUGUCCUGGAGUUGGUGAUCAGGGAAUUGCUGGCAUGGUAUCUGCAGCAUCCUUUGUUCUAACAAAUGUGACACUUGAAUCGCUUGCUGUUUCUGAUUACUCACUAGCAGUUAUUGGACAAUAUGGAUUUGUGGUUACCGAUCUUGUCCUAAAUUCCCUUGCAAAUGUCACCGAGAAGGGAUUCUGGGUGAUGGGUAAUGGCCGUGCACUGCAGAAACUGACGUCGCUCACAAUUGGGUCGUGCCCAGGAGUAACAGAUGUUGGGCUUGAAGCUAUCGGAAAGGGUUGUCCAAAUGUGAAAAACUUUGAGCUUCAUAGGUGUGCAUUUCUGUCGGAUAAUGGAUUGCUAUCAUUCACCAAGGUAGCUCCAUCAAUUAAGAGCCUACAAUUGGAAGAGUGCCACAGGAUUACCCAACUAGGACUUGUCGGUGUCCUUUUUUAUUGCAGUGCAAAAUUGAAGGCUCUUACUCUGGUACGCUGCUAUGGGAUCAAAGAUAUGAAUCUUGUAUUGCCAGCAGUAUCUCCUUGUGAAUCAGUUUCAUCCUUAUCAAUCCUUAACUGCCCUGGAGUUGGUAAUUCUACUCUUGCUGUCAUUGGGAAGCUUUGUCCUUUGCUUCAUAAACUUGAAUUGGUUGGACUUGAGGGAGUAACAGACACAGGGUUUAUUUCUCUGCUUGAGAGUUCUAAGGCCAGUUUGUUUAAUGUUAAUCUAAGUGGUUGCAUUAAUCUGACAGAUGCAGGAGUUUUGUGCAUGGUCAAGUUGCAUUGUUUGACUCUUGAUGUGCUAAACCUCAGCUGUUGUAAAAAAGUCGGCGAUGCUAGCUUGACAGCAAUUGCAAGAGAGUGCCCAUUGCUGAGUGAUCUUGAUGUUUCCAGUUGCGCAAUCACUGAUGCAGGGAUUAGGGCCAUUGCUCAUGGAGACCAGGUGGAUCUGGAGGUGCUUUGUUUGGCAGGUUGCAAUUCCGUUACAAACAAGAGCCUGCAAGCUUUGAAAAAAAUGGAUUCUCUCCAGGGAUUAAAUAUAAAAAAUUGCAAGUCACUCAGCAGCCGCACAGUUGACAAGCUUAUUGAUCAUCUUUGGAUGUGUGACAUCCUCUUCUGAGCAGGUAGCCUUGAUAUCUAUACCACAAAUCUGGGUAGCAAGAGCUCCAGAUUUUUUAAUCAUUGUUGGUGCGGUAGUGUUUUUGGGUCCACUAAUUAUCGGUGGGUCUUGGUCAUUGCAGUACUCGGUUCUCUUUUUCCGGAGCAUACAGUUGUUCAAUCUUUAUUUUUGCAGGUUUCCUUUUAAUCGGAACCUGUUGAAAGUUUUUUGGCAUCCUAUCGAUAGGAUGCCGUUUUUAGAAUGACUGUUUAUCUCUGAGAACAUAGUUACUGAGUUCUGGAUUUAGGUUUCUUUCUUUCUGGUGUUGGCACCUGAUGCUUUUAGCUCCGCUUUGUAUUGGUUUUGCCACCAUGUUUCGUUGUUCUUGUUUCUUCGCAGCAGUCUGUACCAAAGUUUGUCCAGAGUGAUGUUUAUUACCCUCUUUUCGCGUAUUUGGACCAUGUUCUAUACAUGAUGUUUGGGAUCACAGUUUUAGUCAAGGGGCAUGUUGAAGUUGCAGCUUAUGUGAUGUUAUUUUGGUUACUAAGUACAGUUCAAAGUUAUAUGAAUGCACUGUCUACUCUAGGGUUUUGGCCAUGGCAGCAAGUUAUACCUGUCUGUCUUAACAAUCUUUUUCUUUUGGAAAGGAUUGUUGUUUUACCAAUCCCUGGUUUUUUAGGCUUCAUUUUUUCUGAACUAGUCUUUGUAACUUCUAUAUUAUAUAUAUUAUGUAACAAUAAUACUGAUAUUUGCCCAUUGUACUGAAUGGUUGUUAUUGUAUUAUGAAAAUUAAUGAAUAAUGUUUUGUA